UUUUUCACUUUAUUUGUACUUGCGCAUUGAAUGGUUCCAACCACAAUAUUCACCGAAGUGAACCUUUAUUGACUUCAGCUGGAAGCUCUGAAGUUCAUUACGUUAAAAAGUGUGUGUAAGCUCUACCACCGUAUAGAAGUAAACCUUAGACAAGGAAAGAUAUACCUAAUCUAAGAAGUAAACACACUUAGUACGGUGGCUCUACCUAGUUUUGUUUUUAGUUCAAUUUGCAAAGGCACGGGGUUUUUGUGUUACGAUCAGGUGCAUUCGAAAUGCACUGAAGCUUGACAGGAAACAGUUUUGUGCAAUUAUUGAAUAAAGUGUGUUUUAAUUUCAAAUUGUAGUUAUUACUCAAAUUUGUAGAGGAUGAAUUUAUAGUGAACGUCGAAAAUGUACACAUAAAUAUAUUACUUAGUUAGUGUUACAAAAAUGUGAAAAUAUAGAGAAAAAAACGGUAGUUAUGGUAUGAAGUUAACCUAUUUAGAGAGAUAAGACUGAUCAUUUGUAAAUAAAAGUGCAUAAUCAUGGAACAUCAGCAAUUGAUAGAGGAAAUGCCACAAGUCGAGCAAAUGCCCACUCAAGAAAGACUUACGUUGGCGCGAAAAAGAAGAAACCAUCAACUGAGAACUUGGUUGCAAAAAGAAAAAGAAUAUGGAAGAAAGUCGGCGAAACAACAGAAGUUGAAUAAAAGAGGAAUUUGCUUCAACGACAGCGUGGUGUUACUGGAAGCUGCUGCUAGAAAUGAUAUCGAAGAAGUUAGACGAUUACUGAAGAAAAAUGUCAGCCCAGAUUCUUGCAACGAAGAUGGCCUUACUGCUUUGCAUCAAUGUUGUAUCGAUGACAACGAGUCAAUGCUCCAUCUGCUGUUGGAAUACGGAGCUAAUGUUAAUGCCGAGGAUAGUGAAAAAUGGACACCUCUCCACGCAGCAGCAACUUGUGGACAUUUAAGAUUAGUAAGAAUCCUCAUUGCACGAGGUGCUAAUCUAUUGGCCGUGAAUGCCGACGGAAAUAUGCCCUACGAUAUAUGUGAGGAUGAAGCUGCGUUAGAUUACAUAGAAGGUGAGAUGGCUAAACGAGGUGUAACUCAAGAACUCAUAGACGAAACGAGAGCAGCUACAGAACGACAGAUGCUUAUUGACUUGAAAAAAUUGGCCCUCACUGGAGGCGAUUUAGAAUAUUACGAUAGCCAAGGGGCAACACCUUUGCAUAUAGCGGCAGCAAACGGGUACAUAUCAGUUGUGGAGUUUCUGCUUGAUAACGGAGUGAGAACAGAUGUUAAGGAUAAGGACGAUUGGCAACCGUCCCAUGCAGCGGCUUGUUGGGGUCACUUAGAGGUUCUAGAACUUCUGGCGCAAGCAGGAGCCAAUCUGGAUGCCAAAAAUAAACAUGAUGAAACUCCUUCUGGUAAGAAUUGA